AUGUCCAAAAGACCCGCUUCCGAGACCUCAGGGACCACCACAAAGAAGGCCAAGCUCGCGCCUUUGCUCCCAUCCGUGCCGUCCAGCACCUCGACUGCGGCAUUCCGUGUCAUUGCGGGAUCAUAUGAACAUGUGCUCUAUGGACUCGACGCCAUGUUUGAUUCAGCAGCUGGGAAGGGUAGUAAUGCACACAUGGAACCAGUCUUUAUCUUCCCGGCACACAUGGCCGCAAUGAAGACCCUCGCUGUCGGAGGACGGUAUCUCGCCUCGGGUGGUUCAGAUGAAAUUAUCAAACUCUACGACCUCAAACUCCGGAAAGAUCUCGGUACACUACAUGCCCACAACGGCUCCAUCACACACCUCUCCUUCCCCACGAAACAGCAUUUACUGUCGAGUGAUUCGACUGGAACGAUCGUGGUGUGGAGAACGAAGGAUUGGGAGAAUAUGGCGACGAUGAAACAGAAAUCUUCGGUACAAGGCGGGAAGAAGGGGAUUACGUCUUUCGCUGCACACCCAUCGGGGAAGAUCGCGCUCUCGGUUGGUGAGGAUCGUCGUGUUACGCUGUGGAAUCUCAUGACCGCCCGCCGUGCCGCAGUCAACAAACUCCCCCUCCAACCAACCAAACUCGGAGACCCACUCAGUGUCGCGUGGAGUCUGAGUGGAGAGAGAUAUGCAGUGAUGUUUGAUAGACAUCUUGUGGUGUAUGGGACUGCGACACAGACGGUUGUUGGUGGGGUACAGUGUGUUAGUAAGAUGCAUUGCUUUGCGUGGUUGGAUGAGGAGCGUGUGGUUGUGGGUCAUGAAGAUACCAAGAUCCGGGUAUGGAAUCCUAUCGCGCCUCCCGACACGGAAACCGAAGACGUCGAGCGAUACCGCGGUACUGAGGUGGAAGUGUGGUCCGGACACCGCGCACGCGUAAAGUGCAUCGAACGUGCACCCUCGCCUCACACCAAUAUCUUCGUCACAGCUUCUUCCGAUGGUGAGCUCAAGCUCUGGCGAGUCGGGUCCAAGAUCGUCGCAGGAGAAGCGGAGGGGGAGACGAAGGAGAUUGGAAGUUUUGAGUGUGGGAAUAGGAUUACGUGUUUGACGGUUGCGGAUGUUGGGCAUGUGGAGAAGUUGAAGGAGGAGGUUGAGGAGGAGGAGGUUAAGACCGAGGUGGAAAGUGAGGGGGAGGAGGAGGAGGAGGAGUAG